ACCUUGGUUAGCAUAAGACCAAUUGUACUAGAUCAGUAGAUCAUAUACAAAUCGAAGAUUUCACAGAAUCAAAAAAAUACCAACCGCUAGUUUUAAGCAUUGUUUGGUUGUUUUUUUUCCAAUGCUUUAAAAAAACUCUCAGCAAACUCCACCACAUUUUCAUAUACUUCUGGUACUCGCACUCUCAAACUGUUUCUCUCUCUCCUGUAGUUCUCUCUCUUCCGACAAUGGAGUCGCGAGUGUUGUCGCGCACCACGGCGAUCGCCGCCCUCCCGAAGCUAUUCCGGCCGUCGAGAGAGGCGGCAAGUUUUGGUUUCGCCACCGGAGUUAAGACGCCGGUGGGAUUGGUCAAGGAUGGUGGGAGUUUGACAUGGGGAAGGCAGCUGCGUCCAGUGUUGUUGCUUGAACCGGUUCAAACCGGUCCGGUUUGUAGCAGGAGAGAGAAAACAGCGGUUCAGCCGUGUCGUGCCGCUAGUGGCUCUUCCGGGGAAGCAAAGACUGGGUUUUUGGAGAAGUAUCCGGCUCUUGUCACUGGCUCCUUCUUCUUCAUGUGGUACUUCUUGAACGUGAUAUUCAACAUUCUUAACAAGAAGAUCUACAAUUACUUCCCAUAUCCUUACUUCGUGUCAGUCAUCCAUUUGUUUGUUGGAGUGGUGUACUGUUUGGCUAGCUGGAGCGUGGGCCUUCCUAAACGUGCUCCUAUGGACUCCAAGCUGCUGAAGCUGCUGAUUCCAGUUGCAGUAUGUCAUGCGAUAGGCCAUGUUACCAGCAAUGUCUCAUUUGCUGCUGUUGCGGUCUCUUUCACCCACACCAUUAAAGCCCUGGAGCCCUUCUUCAAUGCUGCUGCUUCUCAGUUCGUUCUCGGACAGUCUAUUCCCAUUACUCUCUGGCUCUCCUUGGCUCCUGUUGUGAUUGGUGUUUCUAUGGCUUCCCUGACCGAAUUAUCAUUCAACUGGCUUGGUUUCAUCAGCGCUAUGAUUUCAAAUGUUUCCUUCACUUACAGGAGUCUCUACUCAAAGAAAGCCAUGACUGACAUGGACAGUACCAAUAUCUAUGCCUACAUUUCCAUAAUUGCUCUGUUUGUUUGCCUUCCCCCUGCAAUCAUUGUCGAGGGUCCUCAACUUAUGAAGCAUGGGUUCAACGAUGCCAUUGCGAAAGUGGGGUUGACCAAAUUCAUUUCUGAUCUCUUCUGGGUGGGAAUGUUUUACCAUCUCUACAACCAGCUAGCUACCAACACCUUAGAGAGGGUAGCACCACUUACCCAUGCUGUUGGCAACGUUUUGAAACGAGUGUUUGUCAUCGGAUUUUCUAUCAUCGCCUUUGGCAACAAGAUUUCAACACAAACUGCCAUUGGAACAAGCAUUGCUAUUGCUGGUGUAGCCCUCUAUUCUCUCAUUAAGGCCAAAAUGGAAGAAGAGAAACGACAAAUGAAGUCUACUUGAGUAUCAAGACUCGGCCCGAAGCUGCAUUCGCUUGGAAGGAACUUUGCUGUAGAUUUGGAUAAUUUUCCUUCCUGAAAAGAAAAACAACAAAAAUGUUGUAAAAUUAAUUUUUUUUUCGUGUCAAUUUAUUUUGGAGAAUGAACUACUGCGAAUCUGUAAUCUUCUUGUAUUUCAAUAAUAAGCAUAAUAUUGUACGA